CUCAUUUUGCAAUCCUAUAUACGAAUUAGUAAAAUAAGCAAUCCUAGUGGCUAACACAUAAUUUGAUAACAUAUGAAUCGAAAACAAACAUGAAACAAAUAUAUUACCAGUGGGAAUGUUCACAAUUUUUGCAUAUUUAUGCUUCUGCCUUAUAUAAAUAACACGUUUCCUUCUUGCUAAUUUGGUCAAUCGUUGAUUAAUUGUCUUCAACUCUGGCUUAUGUCAAAUUCUGAAAUGCAAAUUGGAGAAUAAUGAUUUUGUAAGUUCAAUCAAUGCGAAAUAGCUAGAGAGAUUAUAACAACGAAUAAUUAAUUGAUAUUUCAUUACGGGAAAAAAUAUAUUUCAACGAUAUUCAUACCAUCGAUUUUGUUAGUAAUAUUGACUUGACAACAUGAUACUGACUUGGAAGAGACACAUGAAGGUUAACAUUCCAAAAUUUUAGUAUUUUAACUAAGAAAAGAGUUAAAAAAUUAUUAACAAUAACGUAAAAAUGGCUAAUAUUUUGAUGCAUAAUGAAAAAUUUGUCAAGGGGAGGGUCGCUGGUGUGAUGUUAAACUUAGUCAAUGGUUUGAUCCGCCGACCUGUCGAAAUAUUAAGGCUAUUCCUCUCCCACGGGCGAAUGUGGAGGAUAGGCUUAUCUGGCAUGACACGAUGGAUGGGGUCUUUACGGUUAAAUCUGCAUACCAUUUGGCGGUCACCCUGGACAGAAGAAGGGGGCGGUGGAAAGCUAGGGCAGACUUGAUGGAUAGGGCUAGUUGGAUCCGCCUUUGGGAGGCCAACAUUCCACCGAAGUUGAAAGUGUUUGUCUGGCAAAUUUUCAAUCGAAUCCUCCCGACUACUGAAGCAUUGUUGGAGAGAAGGAUUCUGGUUCUCCCUCGCUGCCCGGUGUGCUGGGAGGGGACGGAGUCCCUUGAGCAUUUGUUCCUGGAUUGCCGUGUGGCCCGUGAACUCUGGGGAGCAGCGGACCUAGAACAUAUUGGCGAGGGGUUACCCCGGAGCUCUUUUCCGCUAUUCCUGAAAAAAGUGUUGGCACUCAUUCACCAGCCUACGCUGUUUCUGGCUGUAGUGGCCAUUCUUUGGCGAAUCUCGCGAUCUCGUAAUUGGGUGGUGUUUGAAUGCAAGCAGUAUAGUGUGGCGGCACUGAUGCGUCAGUUCUUACAACAGUAUGAGGAAUGGGUGCGCCUCCCGGUGGAUACGCCUGGUAUGGCCCCUGUAGUGCCAGAAACCGACUUUCCAACUCAGGAAGGGGUACCGGGGUUGAUUUGUGGGUGGGAUGGGGCUACCAGAAGAGGAUCGCACUCAGCAGGGGGUGUGGUGCUUAUGGGCCCUAAUCGAGAGAUCCAUAUGGCCAAUGGGUUCCAAUUCCCAGUCAUUGAUGACCCUCUGGUGGUGGAAUUGCUAGCAUUGCGGGAAGCAGUCCGUUGGUGUCUAGGGCAGGGCCUCUCCUGUGUACAAUUUGAAGGGGACGCCAAGGUGGUUAUUGAUAAGAUCAGGCGGGCGGAGGAUAGGGACGGUAGGGUCGGCACUGUGCUGGAAGAGGUGCUUCAGUAUUUUGAUAGGACUCCAGGUUUUAGUGUUCGGUUUAUUGGUCGGCGUGUCAAUAGGGUAGCCCAUUUGGUGGCUAGAAAGGCCCUGAGUUUGUACCCGGCUAGCAGCCGUUAUUUUGAUUAUCAGACCUGGCUGAACUCCAGGGUGUAACUAUGUUUUGAUCAUUUAUAAGAUUAUCUUUUGUCCAAAAAAAAAAGGUUUAGAUAAUAUAAAAGAAUAUGAAAAUUGUUUGGAUAAAAAUAGACACGACAAAAACAAAUAAUGAAACUUUUAUUAUCAUUCGAAGUCAGGUUGAUUGCAUUGCCGAGCAAGAUAUUCAAUAUAUGUGUGUAAUUUGAGUUCUAGAGAGUUCAUUAUCACCAAUUACAAAUGCCCUGAAGUGGAAACAUAACCCUAUCGUUGGGUAAAUAAGAAAAAAAAAGUCAUCAACGUUUGAUAAUUAUGUCCCCAUGAUCACUAAUUCGAUAGAUCCAAACUAUUCUAAAUCCUAACAAUACUGCUAAUUUAGGAGCUGCAAUGGGCUUUGAGGGAGGGCCCAUCCGUUCUGUACUGGCUAAGUAAUAAAAAAUUGAUUCACGGCCCAAUUCAGUGUUACAAAUAAUAUUCCCAAACUAUCCCUCCGUGAACUGCGCACAGUGCAGGAAAAGUGAGGUUGAAGGGGUUCCGGCCAAGAACCUCCUUAUAGGAGUUAGGAUUAUGUAGACUGACGGUGAGCAAUUACUAGACAACAAGGUACGAGCUAGACAGCUAGUGUAUAUAUAUAUGUUUACAUAAUAAACCCCAUCAAUGUCGACUAAGCAUUAUUAGUAAAGGUGAUAAAGGUGAUAAAUUAUAAGUAAUGAGAAUCUACCAAAGAAAUCAUCUUAGUUUGAACAAAACUUGAUUAUAUUCAUUCGGAGAAUAAAGACAUCACGAUCAUGACAAACACCAAAACCAUUGUGUCAUUAGUUCUUAUACUAUCCGUCGUUGCUCACACUUUCCCACAUCUGUGCGCCGCAGACACUUUCAAGGCUUGUUUUAAGCGUUGCACAGGGUUCACAAACAUGCCUAUUUCUUCAAAUUAUAUCCCUGCGGAAACUUAUGAAGCGCUUGACAAGCGGUGUGAUGAUCAUUGUGGUCAUCUUCUUCGAGGGACUCUACCAAAAGAUGCUCCGAAGAUUAAACCCAUCAAACUUUUAUGAUAGUCAACAACUAAAUUUUUAUUGUACAAGAGUAUGUCAAAAAUCACUCUCGUAACAUACUCAAUAUAAUUUUAAUGAUAUGACUAAAACAAUUAUACAUGUCGGAUAUAUAUAUAUAUAUAUAUAUAUAUAUAUAUAUAUAUAUAUAUAUAUGGUGGCUACUUCGGUGCACCCACUUUUUUGUUUAAUCUCAACCGUUGAACACAUCUAACGGUUACAAUAAUUUGCUUUGUUUAUAACUAAUUAUUAACUAAUCAACUAUUUUAUAUUUAUUAAAACAAUUUAUACUUAAUGAUAAUUGCAACUUGGCCCCCGUCAUUACACCGGCUUGUUCUUCUCUCAUCUUCUCUUCUCCGAACCCACUUGUUCCUCCCACCCAACAGAGACCACUAAAAAAAUUAGUUUCUAAGAGGUGAAGUGUUGCUUUGCAUCUCCCUAGGCAAUCAAUCCUUGCCGGCGAUACGACCUGUGUUCGCGAAACCCAGAUGCCCAGCAACCCAGAAACUCUUCGCCUAGAGCAAUUGAGAACCUGGACUGGAGCGACUGGAUGAGCUGGAUGUAACCGAGAAGAAUCGUCGGGCGACACGAGUAGCUGGAACUGACGGAGCUGUUUACUGAAGGGCGACGACGAUGCAAGCUAUGGGUAUUGCCGAAGAAAUAAUCAUGGUUCGCAUCGACGGGAGCGGAGAUGAGAGAAGCGGAUCUCGAAGAAAAGAUGAGCCAUCGCACCACAACUCAGAGCUGAAGCACCGAUUGAAGACAUUGGAGAAAACACGAAUUCGUCAAGGAAACGAUGGAAUCGAAAGGAAAACAAAGGCGAAUUCGUCGGGAAAUCGAACAAAUCGACCAAGAAAGAAGCGGAAACGAGGCAAGGAUCGAGAUACUCGAACAAUUGAAGAGAAAGUUACGAUUUCUGGGAACGAAUCAAGAACGAAUUUUUUU